UAGUGGCCAGGGCUAUCAGCGUGGCUCUACGAGCUACGAGUCUGCUCCAGUGACGGCCAAUGACAGGCCUGUUACGACAAGUACGACUAGUGACCCAGUAGUGGUCCCAUCGGCCUCUCAAGCGCCGGCUUUGCCUGCUUUGCAGACCCAGGAAACCUUCUUGCCAAGUACGGACUUUGAACUUUCCCCGCAGGCUGUCACUGUCCAAUCUCCACAAAGUGCAGCUAUGCAGACGACAGAUGCUUCGCUGCGCAAUGUCAGCAUAACGAAUGAUGCCAUUGUGGAAGGAGGUCCUGAAGCUGACGCCGCGCUAGACAAGGUAUCCUCAGACCUGCGCGCUCAAAGUACAAUCUCUCGGAAAGCUCGUGGGCGACGUGAUUUGCGCAACACCAUCUAUGGUCAAGUGGGUGGAGGCGAUCAAGCAGUGGUGCGAGAUGUCCUUGGAUCACCAAUACACCGUGAAGAUCCGUUUCUUGGCAGCGCCCCAGUCUCUGCCGGAUCAGCCCUUUCACGAACCGUUCAAGGGAACGGUCUGCAGACCCAAGCUGGAGACACCGAUUCUAUCCGUUCCGGGCGAUCUGGGAUGUCUGGCAUGGGCAAUGUCACGAGGCACACUGAACCUUUGGAGGAUGGUGUACAUCUUUCUGUCGUUGAAACAGUGAGCGUGGUCCUGGAUGUGGAAGGCUCUGGAGCCACAGACGUGCGUGUCACUGGUGAAGCAGCUCUUGCAAUGAAGGGAAUGCUUGAUCCAAGUCCUGUUUUGCUCAAGGUGCAAUCACCGGAUGCCAUCAGUCGUCUUGUUGCCAACACAAAUAUUCUGCAAAGUCAAGAUGAAAGCACGUACCAGAUCUCCGGUCAGUCAGCCAACUCCAUGACGACUUUGUUCAAAUAUCAAGUCCAGCCCGAUCAAGCACGAGCCAACCGCUUCUUGCCCAUCCUUCUUUCGCAGAAAUGGUCCCCCGAAGAUGCCCAAACAAGUGUCAAGCUGACGUAUCGGCUAAACCCGGCUUUUGGUGCUCGCAACCUGACACUACAGGAUGUCGAAAUCAGUCUUGGUAUCAACGGCGUUGCAAACUCCUGCGUCGCAAAGCCAGCUGGCUCAUUUGUCAAAAAGUCCAACAAGCUGGUUUGGAAGUUGAAUGAGUUCACUCUAGAGGCUGGCCAGGAACAGAGCCUGCUUGCACGUUUCAAGACGGAUGGUCUCGCCUCACCUGGCUCACUCGAGCUUCGCUGGAAGACCGCACCAUCGAACUUAUCUCGAGGCUCCGGCUUCGGUGUCACUGCCACCCGGUCUCGAGCCAAUCCAUUUAGCGACGAAUCAGUCGUUGAGAAUGUCAUGGUCAGUCAUGCCUACACCCUCUCUGCCGCGCGUUACUCUGUGACCGUGCCGUCUGCUUCUGUAUCUUAGAUUUGUCUAGUACAUGUAUACUGAUUUAUGUAAUCCAGCAUUUGUGACAGCUGGGAAUUGUUUACAGCGCGACUGAACCUAUAUGAACGGAUGCGACCAGUAGACCACACGAGGCUGCUACAGCCCGCAGUUUGUAGAGGCCCGGGCUAGGGAUGGUGGUGACGCACUCGCCCGGCAAUCCA